GGCGCGAGUGGCUGUGGCAAAUUAACGAGUAAAAGAUAAAGCGCAUUUCUAGGCACAGACACGACGUUUCUUUCUGUUUCUCUGCCAAAUCUCCUUUUCAUGUUGCUUGUUACUUUGAAAAUUGGUGGCGUGUCGGCGACAACUUUCAAAGUGCUAAUUAGCGUCCGCUAACGUUAGCUUAUGUUAGCCAAAGCUGUAGAUGUUAUCUGUUGUCUAGCGUUACGUAAGCUAGUUAUCUUCUUUCAUGGUAAUGUGGUAGGUGGAAGUCGCCACACGUUAUUUUAGCAGUCUACCGUGUCGUCUCUCUGCUGUCAGAGGGAUGCCCGCUUCGGAGCCGGUCCGGUUGGGUCGGAAACGCGCCCUGCCCUCCUGCCCGAACCCGCUGUUCCUCAAGUGGCUCACCGAGCUGCGGGACCAGGCGACAGAGAAGGGACUGAAGAUCCAGUACACCUACCAGAAGGCCAUCAGCUCGUUGAAUAAGUAUCCAUUACCGCUUCAAAACGCCAAAGAGGCGAAGAUCCUCCAGAACUUUGGAGACGGCAUCUGUAAAAUACUGGAUGAAAAACUGCAGCGAUACUAUAGAGAGAACGGUCCAGACGCUCCUAUUCACGCUCUCCCUGAAGGAGCGCCCCCUCCUGGCAGGCAGGACAACAACAGCCUGGCUCCCUCCAGAAAGAAAAAUGCAGCAGGGGAACAAGAGAAAAACACUGGAGGAGGAGGAGGAGGGAGGAAGAAGAAGAGGGAGUACGUGCCCCAGAAGAGGUCUGGGGGUUACGCUGUACUGCUCACCCUUUACAGACAGUCUCAGAUCCCAGGUAGUAAAGGUUACAUGUUUAAGAUGGAGCUACAAGCAGAAGCUCAGCAUCUCUGCGACAAGUCUUUCUCUGUCCCAGAUCUCGGCAGUAAGUACACUGCCUGGUCGUCAGUGAGCACGCUGAUCCAGAAGAACCUGCUGAUGAAGACCCACAACCCUGCAAGGUAUUCUCUGACAGAUGAGGGUCUGGCUUUGGCGGAGCGACUGGACUCAGCAGACCAAGGGGCUAAAGAGGGUCCAGAGGAGGUCAGGAGCGAAGGAGAGGAGGGUGAGGAAGGCGGUCCUGGGGUGGUGGACCUGACUGGUAGUGAUGAUGAUGAUGAAGAAGAGAAAACACACCCUGCAGAGAGGAUGCCGAGCAGCGAGCCAGCGAGCAGACCGCCGAAUGCAGGAAGUCUCCAGCCUGGAAGCUACGAGAUUAUACUGUGUGUUGACUUUAUCGAGACGACUGGCGGCAGCCUCCACCGGAAGCAGGAGCUGGUCAAAGAGCUCCAGAGAAACGGGGUCAACUUCGACGUCAGGAAGCUGAACGUGGGAGACUUCCUGUGGGUCGCUCGGGAAAAAGUGGCACCUGUUCCAGGUCAGCUGCGUGCUCCUGCAGGCAGGGAGCUCGUCCUCGAUUACAUCAUUGAGAGGAAGAGGAUGGACGACCUGUGCGGCAGCAUCAUCGACGGGCGCUUCAGGGAACAGAAGUUUCGGCUGAAGAGGUGCGGUCUACGUAGGUCCGUCUAUCUGGUGGAGGAGUGUGGGACGGCUGCCUCCCACCUGAGUUUACCUGAAGCGACGCUGCAGCAGGCCAUAAUCAACACGCAGGUAGUUGAUGGCUUCUUUGUGAAGAGAGUCCAGGAUGUGAGGGAGUCGGCCGCCUACCUCACCGUCAUGACUCGAUACCUGAACAAACUGUACCAGAACUGUACGCUGAUCUGUCGCUCCAGAGAGCUGGAGGGUGAUGGAGAGGGCAGUGACGAGGACAGAGGGACCCCCUCGUGCUCUCUCAUUUCCUUUGCUGAGUUCAACCACGGUGCAGUCAAAAACAAGUGUCAGACGGUCAGAGAAGCUUUUGCCCGGCAGUUGAUGCAGAUUAGCGGUUUGUCUGGAGACAAAGCAGCUGCUGUACUGGAACACUACGACACUCCACACAGUCUUCUGACAGCCUAUGAACGGUGUGCAAGUGAAGCAGAGAAAGAGAAACUUCUGUCCUCCAUCCGAUAUGGGAAGCUCAAAAGAAACCUUGGUCCAGCUCUGAGCCGAACAGUUUAUCAGCUGUACUGUACUCAAGGAGCUUUGUCUUAGCUGCACCCGGUCACCGACGAACUGAACGCUGCUUCACUCGCUCAUAGAUGGACGCAAACUCGAGCUCGUAUGUGAAUAAAUCAGUUUUCCUGUUUUCCUGGAAUAGCAUUAAUGAAUUUAAACGUUUAUGUAAUGAUGCUGAUAUUUUGA